AUGUCGACCACAAAUUUCACAAGAGGUGGAACACAGACGAAAACAUUGGAACUGAUAUGCUCCCCUUCGAGCCCUUUGGCGGGCUGGCCUCAGCCAAGAAUAGUUUCUUUCGCAGCAGUUAACAAUCUCCUCUCCGUCACAGCGUUUCUUGGAAAUUCUGUCCUCCUUGUUGCCCUUCACAAGGAGUCCUCCCUUCAUCGACCGUCCAAACUAUUGUAUCGUAGUCUGGCAACAACUGAUCUGUUGGUUGGUCUUGUUUGCCAGCCUCUAACUGCUACUUUUUUUAUAUACUUGGUUCACGAACACUGGGGUCUUUCAGUUAACAUAUUCCUCUCCAUCACAGCAUUUCUUGGAAAUUCUCUCAUCCUUGUUGCUCUUUACAAGGAAUCUUCCCUUCAUCGACCGUCCAAACUCUUGUAUCGUUGUUUGGCUACAACUGAUCUCUUGGUUGGUCUUUUUUGCCAGCCCCUCACAGCUACUUAUUGGAUGUCCGUAGUUCGCGAACACCGGAGUCUUUGUCUAUACUUAGGCUAUGCAAACUACAUAAGCUAUGCACUAUGUGGAGUGUCUCUGUUGACGAUGACGGCCAUAAGCGUGGACAGACUUCUCGCCUUGUUGUUGGGUCUGAGAUACAGACAAAUUGUAACUUUGAAGCGCACCUACAGAAUUGUAGCUGCCUUUUGGGUUUUUUCUCUCGUCGGGGCUUUCCUAACUACCAUAAUUGAUCAUCGUAUAAUGUCUUUCUGCGCCUUCCUAUUUAUACCACUUUGCAUGAUUAUUUCACUGGGCUCAUACACAAAGAUUUUUUGCACUCUCAGGUAUCAUCAGACUCAAGUACACGAUCAUGUUCAUCAACAGCCGAGCCAACCAAUUGCACUAAACAUGGCUCGAUACAGAAAGGCAGUGAACAGCGCACUGUGGGUGCAGUUAGCAUUAAUUGUUUGUUAUGCACCAUUCUUUACGGUGGCAAUGGCAAUCGCUCAUAGUACAUCGUCUUCAUCACACUUGGUCGUCAUAUUGCAAAUAACGACUGUAUUAGUUUACUUUAACUCGACGUUAAAUCCGUUUCUUUACUGCUGGAAGAUUAGUGAAGUAAGACAAUCAGUAAAGCAGACAAUCAGACAAGCAGUUUGCUUUUCAUGGACUUAG